GCUCCCAACCGUCCCCACGUGGCUGUUUCUGCGGAGACUGCUGCUCAGGGGCUCGCCGUACGGAGGGCGGCGUGUGCCGGGCCGCGCGGCGGAGGAGCGGGUCGGGGGACGUCCCCGAGCGAUCGAACUCCCGCGACGCCGGGCAGCGGGGAGCUCCUCGCCCGUCGGUUUGGUGGGGUCCGCGGUGUCUGUUGUUUUUUUUUUAAUUGAGUUGGUUGUUAAUAAAAGACUUACGCUUUAAAUACCCAGUCCUGCAGCUUCCGUAGGAAAAUCAGAUCUGGCAACAUUGGAUCCAGAAUCCCGAGUGUCACCAAUCACCUAGAGCUGCCCCUCAGGCCCCACCAUGUCCAGGCCCCAGAGCCCAGAGCCGGCCCUGAAUGUGCAGGGAGCCUCCUCCAUAGGCCCAGGGGAUGAGGACGCUGCCGACGGGACCCAGCACUCACACCGCAUGCUCAGCUUCAGUGACGCACUGUUGUCCAUCAUUGCCACUGUGAUGAUCCUGCCUGUGACCCACACGAACAUCUCCCCGGAACAGGAGUUUGACAAGAGCAUACAGAAGCUUCUAGCAACCAGAAUUGCCGUCUACCUGAUGACAUUCCUCAUUGUGACCGUGGCCUGGGCAGCACACACGCGGACCACGUUUAUUGAUGGUGUGACUUUCCCCGUCUCCCUCCCAUUGUUCAGAUUGUUCCAGGUUGUUGGGAAAAUCGACGACACGCUUGCCCUCCUCAACCUGGCCUGCAUGAUGACCAUCACCUUCCUGCCAUUCACAUUCUCCCUGAUGGUGACCUUCCCCGACGUGCCGCUGGGCAUCUUCCUGUUCUGCAUGUGUGUGAUCGCCAUCGGGGCUGUGCAGGCACUGAUCGUGGGGUAUGCGUUCCACUUCCCCCACCUCCUGAACCCCCAGAUCCAGCGCUCCGCCCACCGGGCGCUCUACAAGCAGCACAUCCUGCGCAUCAUCCUCCGAGGCCCCGCGCUGUGCUUCGCAGCGGCCGGCUUCUCCCUGUUUUUCUACCCUGCGUUGGUUACUUGUCUUUCUGAUGUGGAGCUGGAGGAGCUCCCACACGUGCUGGACACGAGGUUCUUCUCUGACAGGAGGUUUGCGCAUGCUCCCAGCCUCCUGGUAACACUCCCUGACGCACAGCAGUCGUACCUGCUGAUGGUGACAGUCAUCUUCCUCCCCUACGUCAGCAAGGCCGCCAGCUGGUGCCGAGGCAGUCUUGUGGGCCCCAGGGAGCCCCCAGCUCACAGCCUGGAGUUCUUCACCUUCGACCUGCAUGGGCCUCUCAGCAAGGAGCGGGUGGACGCCUUCAGCGACGGGGUCUACGCCAUCGUGGCCACGCUGCUCAUCCUGGACAUUUGCGAAGACAACGUCCCGGACCCGAAGGACGUGCGGGAGAAGUUCAGCGGCAGCCUGGUGGCAGCACUGAGCGAGUCGGGGCCGCGCUUCCUGGCCUACUUCGGCUCCUUCGCCACAGUCGGCCUGCUCUGGUUCGCUCACCACUCGCUCUUCCUGCACGUCCGCAAGGCCACGCAGCCCAUGGGGCUGCUCAACACACUCUCGCUGGCCUUCGUGGGCGGCCUGCCCCUGGCCUACCAGCAGACCUCGGCCUUCGCACGGCAGCCCCACGACGAGCUGGAGAGGGUGCGCGUGAGCUGCGCCAUCAUCUUCUUUGCCAGCAUCUUCCAGUUUGCCAUCUGGACCACGGCGCUGCUGCAGGAGGGGGAGACGCUGCAGCCCUCCGUACGCUUUGGCGGCCAGGAGCACGCCUUCAUGUUUGCCAAGCUCGCGCUGUACCCCUGUGCCAGCCUGCUGGCCUUUGCCUCCACCUGCAUCCUGACCAGGUUCAGCACGGCCAUCUUCCACCUCAUGCAGAUCGCUGUGCCCUUCGCCUUUCUGCUGCUGCGGCUCCUCGUGCGCCUGGCACUGGCCAUCCUGGGGAGGCACAGAGCAGGUCAGCUCCCUUCCAGGCACCAGACUGGCUCUGCAUGGAAGGCAGCAGCUGCAGGCGGCGCCCAGCCCCCCCUCUGGCCCACAGAGAUAGCCCCUGCUCCCUCCUCCACAUCCUGGGUGCUCCCCGACGGGAAGGGACUCUUCCUCCCACACCCUUGUCAGGCCCCUUUGCUCCCCAAGGUCACCAGCUGCCACAUCACCCCCACUUCCCUUCCAUGAACUUCUUCCCCCCUC